CCGGCGCCGUCCGGAGCCUUAGAAACCGGCCCCGGAUCGGGAGCCGGAGCCGGGGCCGGGCGGGCGGCUGAGGCCCGAGCGGCGGGAGCGCAGCGCGGAGCGCGAAGCCGGGUAUCCGGUCGCGAGAAACCGCUGCCGCUGCCGCCCGCCUGGCCCCGCAGCCCCGGGCAGUCCAUGGGGCGGGCGCGGCGUCGUUGCGGGCGUGUGCAGCCCUGGGGGGCAGCCGCUUAGGCGCUGUGCUCUUGUCCCCGCAGGUCGCAGCCAGGGCGGCCGGGCGCGUCCAGCCCCGGCCCCGGCCCCUGGAGCGCCCGCCGCGGUCCCCGCCUCCAUGGACGCCUUCAAGGGGGGCAUGAGCCUGGAGCGGCUGCCGGAGGGACUCCGGCCGCCGCCGCCGCCGCACGACAUGGGGCCUGCCUUCCACCUGGCGCGCGCCGCCGACCCCCGCGAGCCGCUCGAGAACUCUGCCAGCGAGUCGUCCGACACGGAGCUGCCAGAGAAGGAGCGCAGCGGGGAAGUCAAGGGGCCGGAGGACAGCGGUGCAGGAGGCGCAGGCUGCGGUGGUGCGGAAGACCCGGCCAAGAAAAAGAAGCAGCGGCGGCAGCGCACGCACUUCACAAGCCAGCAGUUGCAAGAGCUGGAGGCCACGUUCCAGAGGAACCGCUACCCCGACAUGAGCAUGCGGGAGGAGAUCGCUGUGUGGACCAACCUCACCGAGCCUCGUGUGAGGGUCUGGUUCAAGAACCGGCGAGCCAAGUGGCGGAAGCGCGAGCGUAACCAGCAGCUGGACCUGUGUAAGGGCGGCUACGUGCCGCAGUUCAGCGGCCUGGUGCAGCCCUACGAGGACGUGUACGCCGCCGGCUACUCCUACAACAACUGGGCCGCCAAGAGCCUGGCGCCAGCGCCGCUCUCCACCAAGAGCUUCACUUUCUUCAACUCCAUGAGCCCGCUGUCGUCGCAGUCCAUGUUCUCGGCGCCCAGCUCCAUCUCCUCCAUGACCAUGCCGUCGAGCAUGGGCCCGGCCGCCGUGCCCGGCAUGCCCAACUCGGGCCUCAACAACAUCAACAACCUCACCGGCUCCUCGCUUAACUCGGCCAUGUCACCGGGCGCCUGCCCGUACGGCACGCCCGCCUCGCCCUACAGCGUCUACCGGGACACGUGCAACUCGAGCCUGGCCAGCCUGCGGCUCAAGUCCAAGCAGCACUCGUCGUUCGGCUACGGCGGGCUGCAGGGCCCGGCCUCGGGCCUCAAUGCGUGCCAGUACAACAGCUGACCGCCCCCGCCAGGCCCCGCGGGCCCGCGGCCGGCACGGCGCCGGGGCGGGGGCGGCGCGGAGGACCUCGCCACGCCGCGGCCCCCGCGCCCGCGCAGCCCCCUCCUCCCCACCUCCCCACCUCCGGGCUGGUUGUGUGUUUGCUUUUCUGGACCCCACUCUGCCCUCCCAAACGAGACGAAACAAAACAAAAAGACGUCGGAGAAAAGUGCUGCGAAAAAAAAAAAACGGAUGAGUUGCAAUUUCCCUCGGGAUGGCGCGGGUGGUGUGUGUUGGCUCCCUCGGGCCCCGGCGGGCCGUUGCGCGGAGGGGACGCGGCGCGGGAGGCGGGCGGUCCGGAGAGGACGCCCUCGUAGCCCGCGUUCCCGCCGCGCUGGACCCGGAAUGAGUGGCCGCGCCUGCGGACUGGACGUGCGGAGCCCGGGCAGGCUGGCCCCGGCCCCGUACGAACCGAGGUGCCCCCUCCAAGCUGACCCCGGCCGAGCGUACCUUAGCUCGAUUCGGAUCCGAGUUGGAGCGGCCGUUGGGUCGGGGAUGACGGUGCCCAGCCUGGGAUCGGGGACUCGCUGUGGAGCCGCACGCGGCCGCGGCGCGCCCGGAAGAGCCGUCGGCCGCCCAGAGCCCCGGAGUCCUCUUUUAAGGCUAAGGAGACGCAGCUGGUGGUGCGGACGUGGCAGGAGAACGGGGUGGGCUCGUCUCCCGAGCACCCGGCCUCCGAGCUUCGCCGCAGGCCCAGGUCCUCCGCUCCGCUCCCAGGCUAGGAGGUGGCCCCCUUGGCCCGGCGAAGAGCCCCCUCCUCACCGCCCGCCGUGCAAGAGUCGAGCCGGGAGAGCUCGGGGCGCGGCCAGGGUCCCCGCGCCGCGCCCACUUUGCACACCCGCUCUCCGGCCCGCGCCCCUGUUUACAGCGUCCCUGUGUAUGUCGGACUGACUGUAUAGAAUUAUAAAUCUGUCUAUAUCGACUUGUCCAUGUACGUCUAUUAAAACCAUAGUACAAGCGUGCUAACCA